UAUUUAAGUGCAUUUUUUCCAAUUUGUUGAGCAGAGGUAACGAUGAGUGUCUUGCGCUUACCUUCUUGCUCUCGCUGUCCACAAUCAGUGGUUGUCUUUAUGGCUUUCAUUUUUGCUCUUUUCCACCAAACUUGCAGUGCCAAGCAUCGCACACCAUGUCCAUCUUCUUCAUGCGGCGAAUUUCGCGACAUAAAAUAUCCAUUCCGACUGAAAGGCGACCCUCGCGGUUGCGGCCUCCCCAACUACGAACUUGAUUGCGUGAAUAACAGGACAGUGCUUACUCUGUUUUCAGGAAAAUACUAUGUGAAGGAAAUCGAUUACAGUAGGUACGAAAUCCGGCUGAGUGAUGCGGGUGUUGUGGAGGACACUUCUUGCUCUUUUCCUCGCCAUUUCUUAUCCACACAAAAUUUCAGUAUUUUUGAUACUCAUCCGCUGACUACUUCGUUUGUGGAGGAAUAUCUUUAUGAGCCUCCAAAAGUAGUGUUUCUAAACUGCAGCCACCGAGUGAUUGAUGAUCCUCGAUAUGUGGAAGUGAAAUCCGGCGGUUGUGAUUCCGGUGGUGGCGUUAUCUACGCCGUUCUGGAUCGCAAUGAGGCUGGUGCUCCGGAAUUUACAGUGAUGGACGUGAAGGCCGGGUGCAGAUUAAAGGUUGCUACCUUCACAAACUGGACACAUGACAGGAAGGUUUCCUAUGCUGAUAUCCUCAGAUCUCUGGAAGAAGGAUUUUGGUUGAGUUGGUUACCACUUGUUUGUAGGGAUCACUGUGGAAAUGGUGUGUAUUGCGCCCUCAAUAAAACCACACAACAAAUUCAAUGCAGUUUUUGUCAAAUCUUCAACCAGGAUACCCUCAAUUGUGGAAUUCUAUCGCGGAUUCGUGGAUACACUACUGGUUUCUUUAAAAGCAUCAUAAAAGGAUUUGUCAAUAGGAUAAAAACUGUAAAUCGAUCAUUGUCGGUCUGGAAUGAUGCAGGAGAAUUCAUAGGUCAAGAUAUUAUACCAAUACUAAUAGCAACUAGGUAUUUAUUUGGACUCUCACUUUUGCUAGUGCUAUUCAUCUAUAAAUGGCGACGAAGACAUUUUUCAGUGUAUGAAAACAUUGAAAACUUUUUGUUAGACAACUAUAUAAAUCCCAUUAGAUACAAGUACAAAGAAGUCAAGAAAAUGACUAAAGGUUUCAAAGUGAAAUUAGGAGAAGGAGGUUUUGGUUUUGUUUACAAAGGAAAGCUUCAAAGUGGAUUAGAUGUAGCAGUAAAGAUGUUGAGUAAAUCCAAAGAUAAUGGACAAGAUUUUGUUAAUGAAGUAGCUACUAUUGGAAGAAUACAUCAUGUGAAUGUAGUACGUCUUAUUGGAUAUUGUGUCGAAGGAAAAAGGAGUGGUCUAAUUUAUGAAUAUAUGCCUAAUGGGUCAUUGGAUAAAUACAUUUUUUCUAAAGAAGGAAGUAUUCAUCUAAGUUAUGAGAAAAUUUAUAAAAUAUCCCUUGGAAUUGCUCAUGGCAUAGCAUAUCUUCAUCGAGGUUGUGAUGUGCAAAUUUUACAUUUUGAUAUAAAGCCUCAUAAUAUUCUUUUAGACAACAGUUUUACUCCAAAGGUUUCAGAUUUCGGACUUGCAAAGUUGUAUCCUACAAAAGAUGGAUCUAUAAUUUUGACUGCAAUAAAAGGAACAUUGGGUUACAUGGCUCCAGAAUUAUUCUACAAAAAUGUAGGUGGAGUUUCUUAUAAAGCCGAUGUUUAUAGUUUUGGAAUGCUUUUGAUGGAAAUGGCAAGUAGGAGGAAAAACUCAGAUCCUCGUGCAGAACAUUCAAGUCAACAGUAUUUUCCCUUUUGGAUCCAUGAUCAAUUUAAAGAAGAGAAAGAUAUUGAUAUGGAAGGUGCUUCAGAAAUGGAUAAGAAUCUUAUAAGGAAAAUGUUCAUAGUUGCACUUUGGUGUGUACAAUUUAAGCCAUGUGAUCGUCCAACAAUGAGCAAGGUUGUAGAGAUGCUUGAAGGAAAAGUUGAAAAUCUUGAAAUUCCUCCAAAACCUUAUUUCUAUCCUCAUGAAAUGUUAGAACAUGAUGGUACAAUCAACUCUAACGAAAUAUCCUGGAGUGAUUCAACUACUUAUAAUGUGAAUGUUGAUGAAAACAUGUCUAAUCACUCUUCUUUGGAAUAACUCAUUUAGUAGGAGUUAAUUAUUAUUAUAUACAAAUUUGUAAUUUAAAGUUGAGGCU